AUGUCUUGGUCACCUAUGCUCGUCUCAACUCCGAGCUCCUCAACUUUCCCCUUCCACUCCUUUGUUCAGCCUCGAACGACCCUAAUUGUUGUCGCUAGUCUCGCUGCUAUAUUUGCGUCAUAUCAAGUCUUGAACAAAGUUUUUCUAGCAGAGCCUUCCAUUCACGCAAACCGUCUUCAUCGCAGCAAUGCCGUCCGUCGCAGAGCCCGAACAACUGAGAGCACGGCGGGAAAUAGUGAUGAUGGCUCAAUUAUGAUGAUGGAAAAUUCAGACGUCAACAAUGACUCUCAUCUCUUCCACGAAGCCUAUGACUGGACCUCACCGCAUUCGCAUGACCGAAAUGGUCAAAAUAUUGUACAACUACUCUUCCGGGUAUCGGAAGACGCGACAAAACGAAAUGCUUACGUCCACCGAGGCUGUGCAUGUAACUGUUGUGGCAUGGUACCCAUUCGAGGCAUAAGGUUUCGAUGUUCAAAUUGCGCAGAUUAUGAUUUGUGUGAAAGUUGUGAAGCACAAGGAGUACAUUUAAAGACUCACAUUUUCUACAAGAUUAAAGUGCCGGCUCUAUCCACAGGUCUUCGAAAUAUGCAACCCGUAUGGUACUUGGGAGAUCCAGAUUCAGUCAAUAGACAGCUCUCAAAAGAGACACUGAUAAAACUCUCUAGAGAGACAGGAUUUGAGAGGCAGGAACUAGAGGCCUACUGGGAACAAUGGACGUUCAUGGCUAAUACGGAUUGGCGAGAUGAUCCGUAUGAAAUUAACCUCGCCAUGGACCGAAAGACCUUUGAGCGAUGCCUCGUGCCCACAGGUGGCUACCGACAGUCUGGCCCAUGCCUUAUCUUCGAUAGAAUGUUUGCCUUCUACGACACCAAUAAAGAUGAUUUGAUCGGAUUCGCAGAGUUUCUCCAUGGUCUCGCCUAUCGAAAGAAGAAGAAUAAAUGGAAGAAGAUCUUUGAGGGAUACGAUAUUGAUGAAGAUGGAUAUGUCGACCGCAAGGACUUCUUACGUAUGUUCCGCUCAUACUACGCUCUAUAUCGCUCUAUGCAUGUUGAUAUGUUGGAGGGAAUGACAGCUCAGCAUAUGAGUAGUGUAGAUGCUCAUCGUCUGGUAGGCAGCCGUCAGCCUCUUAGUAGUGCGUUUGGUCAAGAUGGUCGAUUUCCUAGGGCACCUGAUCUCAGGACCGGGGAGGGAAAAAAUUUUCAACCAAAUGGCGAUUUAGAAAUUGUAGAUGGGAAAGGAGUCAUUAAUGAAAGUUCUCACGAUUAUGGAGAUCGGUACGAAGUAUUCAAGCGUGACUUCUCGAGGGGGAGCUGGGCUGAAAAUCGGAUGAAUAGUCACACAUACUGGGGAGUGAUGCUAAAUCCACCCGAAACAAUGGUACCGCUUCCUGACCUCAUCCAUGGUUUACAACGUGUGCAAUCUCAAGCCGCGGGUAAUUAUCAGAACCUACCACUCACUCAAUCUAAUAAUCUUGCCUCUUCCAGUCUACCGACUACAUCAAAUCAAGUUCAUCACAAUGUUGAUGAUAAUAACGAAGAAAAUGGUGAUUGUGAAGUUGAUGAAGAUAAUGACAACGAAGCUGAAAUCGAAGAUGAUGACAUGUGCAGCGAAUCUGAUGAUGAAGCCUGGCCUCCGACGUUCGUUCAGGUUACUGAUGAAGAUGCAGAAGCAGUAGAUGGGCCGGGGGCUCGAAUCGCUGAUCUACGUCGCUCCAGUCGACAAGAAGUAAUCUCUCAUGCUAUUCUUCGGAUCAGAUCCCACCAUGAGGCCUACGAACGCUGGCAACGGCGGUACUUUUACACUGACGAAGAAGAUGGUGGCAAGCCUCCUGCCGGUUGGAAAGAAGAUGACGAUAUACUUUUACAGAAUGGAGUUGCUGGAGAGAGCUCCAAGUCUCCGCGUCCAACUUUACAUUCUCGUUCAUCGUCCAAAGUUCGCUUUGCCGAAGAUAUGGAUGAUUUUGACACGAGAUCAAACAUAUCUACAUCUUCUCGAAGCAUUCCAGAAAGAUGGGGAGGGCUAGAAAUUCCAGAUGCUGAGAAAGAUGCUGGCAAGGAAAUUCUUUAUCAGGUAACCCAACAAGCGUUCAAUGAGCUUCUCGACCAUCUUUUCAAAGAAAAAGAGGAUCUCGCUCUCGAAUAUGCAUCUACAAAACAUCAACGACAGAUCUAUCGCUAUUUAUACUCUAACCCUGAAUUUGAAGAAUGGGCCAUUCAACAACAAGAAUCCAGACCCCAACACAGCCAAGUUACGUCAAACAGUGAGGCAAAAACAAAGUUCGUACCAACUGAGUCUAUCCUUGAAGAACUCAGCAUAGGAUUCUCUGAAGAAUUAAUUGAAGAGACGGAAACCAACAUUACAGGAGGUAACAGUGGUGAUGAGAUAAACUCAUUGGUAGAUGGCCCUUUAAACAGGACAAGUUCUCGUACCGAAGAUACGAGCGAUAAUUUCAGACAAUGGGCUCAAGUCUUUGACUCCUCACCGGCGCCUACAUCAUCUCUUACUACAAACGAACAAGAGCCAUCAUCUCUAUUACUGUACUCGGGGCCAUGGAGAAUAGCAUCGCCUCGUAUUGAUCCUAAUAAUAUAUCCAUAGACGAUGUGUCAGAGACACAAAUAUUUCGAGAUCCAACUAUGCCUCAAUUUCGCCCAAAUGCAUAUGAGCUCACAGCUCGAAGCGAGCAGUCUUACAUCAAUGAGAUGGAAGAUUGUAAAAGAAGCACUGAAGUUGAUGAGAAGGUAACACAGAUACAACAAAGUCGACCAGCUAACCCCACACCAGACUCUAAGGAUCAGACUCCAUUUAAGCUCGAACAAAGCAAGGAAGAACAACUCCACCAUAAUAUUACGAAGGCCGAAGGUAUAUCAAAAACUAAUCUCCUCCGGUUAUGGAAAUGUGAAAAGGCAGCCAACGAAGCUAAUGAAAGAGGAGGUUGGGGUAGACUUGAUUACAGAGAGUUUGAGGCGUCAGUGAUGGAAGAGCUUAGUCGUGAUAAAGGAAAAAAGAGUGCCAGGGACAGUGAUAACCCGGCUAGAAUGGAUUACCUGGGUAGCUGGAUUGAAUUUUGUAUUCCAUGA